GAAAGACGAACCACCGGCUAUAACGGUAACCAGCACUCCAAAAGCAAUUGAUCUUUAUGAAAAGUGGGAGAGAUCUAACCGUCUCUCUGUAAUGUUCAUAUAGACCAAAAUAUCUGCUGGUAUCCGUGGUUCUGUCGAUCAGCAUACUAAAGUCAAGGACCUUUUGAAGGCUAUUGAUGAGCAAUUUGCUACAUCAGAUAAGGCCCUUGCCAGCACCUUAAUCAUACAGUUCUCAACCAUGAAGCUUACUGGGAUAAGAGGCGUGUGUGAACACAUAAUCAUGCGCAUGGGGGACAUAGCGGCUCAGUUGAAAGCUUUGGAGGUAACCAUGUCGGAUGCUUUUCUGGUUCACUACAUCCUUUACACUCUUCCACACCAAUAUGCUCCUUUUAAGAUCUCCUACAACACACAUAAGGAAAAAUGGUCAAUUAAUGAGCUACUGACCAUGUGUGUUCAGGAGGAGGAGAGGUUGAUGAUGGAAGAGGGUGAGCGGGUGAACUUGACUGUCCAUGAAAAGAAAAAGAAGGAUCAUGCCAAAGGUAAAGGCAACAUCCCUCCAAAGGCAGUCAUUAAGAAAGAGUCAAAGUGUUUCUUUUGUAAGAAAAAGGGACACAUGAAGAAAGAAUUCUCUAAAUUCAAGAGCUGGCUCGAAAAGAAAGGGUAUGAAAAACCUAAGGAAACCAGUGGCAAGUGAACAAUGCAUCUAUUCAGGAGGAAGAAUAAGUUCACAUGUUGAAGCCAUUGGGACAUGCAAUUUAGUUUUAAGCAGCGAUUUUAUUUUACGAUUGGAAAAGACCUUUUAUGUUCCUAAUUUUUCGAAGAAUUUAAUUUCUAUUUCGAGACUAGCUCCUUUAGGAUUUUGCUUCAAUUUCUCAA